AUGGAUGUGCCUAGUUCUUGGGAUGCUUUACGCAAACAGGCAAGGAAACUUGAAGCUCAGUUGGAUGAGCAGAUGAAUUCAUAUCGCAAGUUGGUCUCAACUAAGGGUUCUACAAAAGUUGACUCAGAAGAGAAUGAUCUUGAAUCUGGUAUAGACCGACUAUUAAAACAGCUCCAACAAGUAAAUCUGCAAAUGCAAGACUGGGUAUCUUCUGGUGGAUCUGAAAUGGUUUCUCAUACCUUGACCCGGCAUCAAGAAAUUCUCCAAGAUCUCACUCAGGAGUUCUAUCGUCUCCGGUCUAGCCUUAGAGCUAAGCAAGAACAUGCUUCACUCCUUGAUGAUUUUAGGGAGUUCGAUCGGACUAGAUUAGACUUGGAAGAAGGUGUUGGUUCCACAGAACAGGCUCUACUUAAGGAGCAUGCAGCCAUUAGCCGGAGUACAGGACAGAUGGAUAGUGUGAUUUCACAAGCUCAAGCAACUCUUGGUGCACUAGUCCUUCAGCGUUCAACUUUUGGGGGGAUUAAUUCCAAGCUUGGGAAUAUUAGCAGCCGCCUUCCAACAGUAAAUCAUAUUCUAUCAGCAAUAAAGAGGAAAAAGUCUAUGGAUACCAUCAUUCUUUCCCUCGUUGCAUCUGUCAUCCUAAUGUUGAUGCUCUGUAUGGGGCUAAGAAGGGUUGUUAUCUUAUGUUUCCAUAAGCCUUCAAUUUUUGCAAUAGUUGAGCCUAGAAUUUCAGGUUCAAGAGCGAAGUGUGUUCUUCGUAAAUUAAAGUUUCCAAAAUGGCAUGUGGCGGAUCCGGUUGGGUUUGCAGGUGGUAUUUGGUUGAAUUGGGAUGAUGCUGCAGUCCAGUUAACGAUAAUUAUUUCUUCUCCUCAGCUUGUACAUGCCCUUGUUAAGCCUAAGGAUCAGGAGGAGUUCAUGCUGACGGUUGUAUAUGCUAGUCCAAAGUUGGAAGUUCGAAGGAUUUUGUGGACUCAUAUGGAAGAUCUUGCCCGAACUAUCACUUUGCCUUGGGUGGUUUUAGGAGAUUUUAAUGAUGUUUUGAAUGGAGGGGAGAAGAUGGGUGGUGUUUCUCCUUCUUUUACUAGAUGCAAUCUUUUUAAUGAGAUGAUAACAAACUGUGGUUUAUUGGAUUUAGGGUUUUAUGGUCCUGCUUUUACUUGGUGUAACAGGAGGAAAUGUUUAAGGAAAAUUCAAGAACGACUUGAUCGUGUUCUUGCUAGCCCAAAUUGGCGUGUUAUGUUUCCCGAGGCUGCAGUUAUACAUCUUCCUCAAGUUCAUUCGGAUCAUAACCCAGUGCUGUUGGGAUUGGAACCUCAUGUACCGGGGGAUAAAAGCCAGCGCCCCUUUCGGUUUCAAGCUAUGUGGCGUGCUGAAUGUGGUUUUGAUGAGAUGAUGAGCAAGUUGUGGAGGGAACUUGAUGGUUCAUUUGUAGAAAGAACGGAGAAGCUUGCCUCGGCUCUUUUGGAAUGGAAUAAAACGGAUUUUGGUAAUAUUUUUGCAAAAAAGAAGGAGUUGCGAGCUAGAAUUAAUGGUGUUCAGAGAGCAUUGGCGGUACAUAGAUCCCAUCAGCUUGAGUUGUUAGAGGAGGAUUUGGUCUCACAGAGGCGGAAUAAGAUUUUAUUGUUGAGGGAUGCUACCUCGGGUGAAUGGGUGUCGGAUCAAGGGGAGUUGAUGCGAAUGGUUGUGGCUUUCUUUCGAAACUUGUUCUCCAUUGAGGAUGGUGAUUUUCGGCCUUUGGGGAUUGUUCCUCAUCCUGUCUUAUCUCCUGUUGACGUCCUUAAUAUGGAUAAGAGAAUCUCCCUUGCUGAAGUUCGAAGUGCGCUUUUUCAAAUGAAACCAUGGAAAGCUCCGGGGGUUGAUGGGUUCCAAGCAGGUGUUUACCAGGCCUAUUGGGAUGAUUUUGGUACUUAUUUGUAUCAAUUGGUGUUGGAGGCUUUUGAUUCAGGUUCUUUCUCACCCGAACUUAACCGCACGUUACUUGUUCUUAUUCCUAAAGUGCAGCAGCCGGAGUAUGUGAAACAGUUUCGGCCUAUUAGCUUAUGUACUGUGGCUUAUAAGUUGAUUACGAAGGUGCUUGUUAAUAGGUUAAGACCUCUGCUUGAUAAUCUUGUGGGUCCUUUGCAAUCGAGUUUUAUUCCAGGUCGCCAAGCAGCAGAUAACGUGUUUAUUGCCCAGGAGAUGAUUCAUACUAUCCGCCGUUCAAGGAGUAAACUGGGUUUGAUGGCGAUUACAAUUGAUUUAGAGAAAGCUUAUGAUCGUGUCCGAUGGGAUUUUUUGCGAGAUACUCUUAUUGUGUUUGGGUUUCCUGAUAGUUGGGUUCAGCUUAUUAUGUUUUGUGUUGAGAGCUCUUCUAUGUCAGUUAUGUGGAAUGGUGAGAAAACUGACUCUUUUCUCCUGGUUUGGAAACCUAUUACUUUGGGUAGGGGUGGUCCCUCUAUUUCCCAUUUAUUCUUUGCAGAUGACCUAUUUCUUUUUGGUCGUGCCUCGGAGAAGCAAGCGGAAACGGUUCGAGAAGUUUUGGACAGGUUUUGUUUGGCGUCGGGGGCAAAAGUAAGUUUGGAGAAGUCGAGAGUAUUUAUUUCUCCGAAAGCUUCUGGUAGUAAUGUGAGGCUUGUUAGCAAUCUUUUGGGCAUUGGUCUUACUAAUGAUCUUGGUAAAUACCUUGGUAUUCCUUUGGUACAUAAGAAAGUUGGGGUCUCUUUGUAUCGUGAAUUGAUUGAUAAAGUUGCUACUUGCCUUAGUGGGUGGAAGGCAAAACUGUUGAAUAUGGCUGGUCGUGCAACUUUGGUGAGUUCGGUUAUGUCCUCUAUUCCAACGUAUACUAUGUUGACUACCAAGUUACCAGCUAGUUGCCGUAAUAAGUUGGAUAUGCUCAAUAGGCGGUUCUUAUGGGGUGGUACUGAGAACAAGAAGGCUCUUCAUCUUGUUAGUUGGGAUGAGGUUUGUAAACCUAAGAAAUUUGGGGGGCUUGGUCUUCGACAGAUGAAGUACCACAACCGAGUUCUUCUCCAAAAAACGGCUUGGAGGUUCUUACAUCAACCUCAUAGUCUCUGGGUACAGUGCUUGUGUGCCAAAUAUCGCAUCCAGGGGGAUGUUUUUGAUUCUAUCCGAGAGGCUGGCUCUAGGAAAGUUUCAUGGUCAUCUUCUUGGAAGGGUCUAGCAGGGGUUUUGGAGGGCCUCUUUUGUGGUUUGAAGAAGCGAGUUGGACGUGGUGAUAAGGUUUGCUUCUGGUUAGAUACUUGGCUUGAGGAACCUUUGAUUAAUUCGUUGGAGGCAUUACCAUCCUUUUUGGAUACAACUAUGAUGGUAAGCGAUUUUAUUGUUGAUGGUGGUAGCUGGAAUGCGGAUAUGUUGUUUGCUCAAUUACCUUACGAAAUUGCUCUUCGUAUUUUGGGUUAUCCUUUGCCUAAAGUUGUUAGUAUGAGUGAUUCGUAUUAUUGGGGUUCUACUUCGAAUGUUACUAAUGCUUUACGUUACUCCUGGGGUAUCUCUUCUUCUGCUAUUUGUUCGAGUUGUAAUGGUGGUGUGGAGGAUAUCAUUCAUGUUUUGCGUGAUUGUGUGUGGGCUAAGCAGGGUUUGAAUUUGAAGAAUAGGUCUGUUUCACAAGUAACCUUGUUUGUUACUACUAUUUGGCGCAUUUGGACCUCUAGGUGCAGGAGGGUUUUUGACCCAAAUGAGGUGACUUCCUUGGAUGCUAUUGUUUACAAUAUUGCCGGUACUACUAGGAGUGUCGUUGCAGCUAUGUCGAUGCCAUCUCCUCCCACAGGACCGACGGCUUCUAUCUCAUGGACCCCUCCAGGUGAACAUUUUGUCAAGCUGAACACUGAUGGAGCUGCGAAAGGUAAUCCGGGUGCCGCUGGGGCUGGUGGUGUGAUUCGCAACACGGAAGGUGGAUGGGUUGUUGGCUUUGCUGCUCAUCUUGGUACCUGUUCGAAUGUUGCUGCUGAAUUGCAUGUUUUGCGUUUGGGGUUGACGCUUGCAUGGAGAGAAGGGUUUCGUGCUGUCAUUUGUGAGGUUGACGCCAAAGUGAUUCUUGAUCUACUUAACUCGGAUAACUUGGAGGUUCAUCCUUUGGGUGCCUUGCUUCUGGAUGUUAAGGAAAUGUUGAGUUGGAGUUGGCAGUGCUUUUGUCAACAUACGCUUCGUGAAGGGAAUUUCUGUGCGGAUAUGCUCUCCAAGAUGGGUUGUGACUUGGCUACGGAUAUGGAGUUUUUCUGUAGCCCUCCUCCAGGAAUUGUGGACAUUUUUGAGGCUGAUCGGUUUCCUUCAAAGGCAGGGCACUGGGCAGCAGCAAGCAAUAUGGUGGAUUUAGAGAAUCAUAACAUUGACCAUAACCAUAACCAGGGAUCGAACAUCAGGGAGAUUAUGAUGAUUGCGAUCGACGGCAGCCGGAACGUUUUGCUAGAAGAAUUGGGUUCCUUAGCCUCUGAACCGAUUUUAGGCUCCGCAAUCGUGCGCGAGCUCAAACGUCUUUGCUAUGUUGUCGGCUAUUACCCAGUUUGCGAUGCUGCUGAUAGCAAAGAAGCCAUUGUCAUGAAGGUCCGAACUCGAAAACGAAAAAUGGCCGUUUUUCAGGAAGAAAUUUGUUGUUCCUGUAAGUAUGUGGUGUCCUUCCACAAUUGCACGGAUAUCAAAAUCGUGAGAAAGUGGGAACCCAGUAAAAGAGAUAUUGAAGAAUCUGAAUCUGAAUCUGAUGAUGGUAUUAAUUAUUUUGGCGGAUCAAGGUUGAUGCAGCUACCUUUGGAGCUGCAAUUCAACAUCUUAUACUUGCUACAGGGUAUUGACCUUGCAAGGCUUGCCUGCGUUUGUUCUGAGCUCAAAAGCUUGUGUGAUUCUGAUGAUUUGUGGUGGCAAAAGUUUAAGGAGCUGGCAUCUUUUUGUCUCUAUCCGUUUCCCGAACCCAUGACGCUUUGGAAGCAGAGGUUCGCUGCUGUCUCAAAGUUUCAUUUGAAUCAUGCUAAGGUGUGGAGUGGCUUGAGAUGGGAAUUACCGAUAGGCGCCGAUAGGAUGACAUUGCGUGAUAGUAUGGAAUUUUUAUUGGAGUCUUUAUACGAUUUUUAA